UGUUUCGCUAUUAUUCGGAUCAAACUUCCUCCUAAUACUCGCAACCCGCCAUUGAUCAUCUUGUCAGACUGGCCAGUUCGCGGGUGUCCUCAUUCUCCAAUAGCAGCUUCUGGCAAUCGGCGCGGUUGCUGUUUUCCCCAGACGUUAUUCUGGAGUGGUUUCGGCACACGUGCCAUUAAAGUCUAAGAACUAUCCUACAUAGCAGCGAAUUCGAAAGAGAGCUCCGCGGUCGGCGCGGAGCCAUGGAGCUGGAGGCGAGGCAGAUGGAAUGCUUAGAGCAGUACUUGCUCUUAGCUAAGAGCGCUCGAGGGAGAGCCCUCGUGGAGCUGGUUACGAAGGCCACGUCAGAUCCGAAUCUAUUCGCAUUCGGAGAGCUUCUAAACGUUCCACAGAUCAAGGAGCUCGAGGGCACGGAGCACGCAUCCGCUCUAGCCAUUCUCCGGCUAUUCGCGUACGGCACAUGGGCCGAAUACAAAGAGAAAGCGGCGCAGCUGCCGGAGCUGCAACCGCAGCAGCAGCUGAAGCUGAAGCAGCUGACAGUCAUGACCCUUGCCGAGGGCUCCAAGGUUCUCCCCUACAGCUCGCUCAUGGAGCAGCUUGACGUCAGCAACGUGAGGCAGCUGGAGGACCUGCUCAUCAACGACUGCAUGUACGCGGGCAUUCUACGGGGCAAGUUGGACCAGAGGAGCCGGUGUGUGGAGGUGCAGUUCGCAGCAGGCAGAGACCUCCGCCCGGGCCAGCUCACCUCCAUCCUCUCCACCCUCUCCCAAUGGGUGGCGACAUCAGAGGCGAUGCUGGGGACAAUAGAGAAGAGGAUCCAAUGGGCGGACGAGAAGGGGGAGGAGUGGUCGAAGCACAAGAGGGAGGUGGAGGAGCAGGUGGAGGAGACCAAGAAGAACAUCCGAGCUGAGAUGGAGAUGCGCGGGCCAGAGGCCAUGUUCGUGGAGGGGCCAUCAGCAGGAGCAUCGGGCAUGGGCAUGGGCAUGGGCAUGGGCAUGGGCAUGGACUAUGGGGAGGAGAUGGAUCGCUCCCGACCAAAGAGGUCAGCAAGGCGGCGAUAGGGUUACCAGGUGCCGUACCAGCUAGAGGUUUCGAGAUGUAUUGUGAGCCAUGUGCUUGGCUGGCAAAUCGGAUAGGACACCGACUACUGUCAAAGGUGCAGAGCAAUGAUGCUCCCCCCACCUUUUUGCUACUGAUCUUUCUUGAUAAUUGCAAAAUGUACAGAUAGUGUGUACCAUGCUUUAGUUAUAGACUCCAGCAUUGAGGCUCCUCAACACUUUGUAUACCGUAUUCCCCCGUAUAUAACACCUGCCGGAAUAGUCACUCCGUGGGUGGUUUAUGCGGGGUAGAGCUUAUGAUAGGGUGCAUUUAGGAGAGCACCUGCCUUUUUGACCUUGAAUUUUACAUAAGACCCCCCACCUUUUUGCUACAAUGUAAUCGAUUCAAUAUU